AUGCAGCCCAUCAUGAACGUCGCAGUGAUCGGAGCCUCAGGGACCCUUGGCUCUGUGGCCCUGCGGAAACUCCUUGAAACUGGUACCUUGAACGUGACAGUCCUCAGGCGUCCCGAUUCAGCAUCAACCUUCCCACCCAAUACCAAGGUUAUCGACGUCGACUACUCGUCGCGCGAGUCCCUCAGAUCAGCUUUCACGGGCCAAGAUGCAGUGCUAUCGUUUGUGCCCACUUUUGCAGCCGGGUCACAGAUCGCCUUGAUCGACGCGGCGGUUGAGGCCCGUGUCCGUCGAUUCAUCCCAUCGGAGUUCAGUGCCAACCUCGACAACCCCAAGGCCCGCACGCUCCCGAUCUUCGUCCCCAAGGUCAAGGUUCAGGAAUAUCUGUUCCAAAAGGCCAAAGAGUCGGGUCUCACCUAUACCAUCAUUUACGGGGGCGGUUGGCUGGAUGCCGGCUCGCAUCGAAGUUUCCUCCUGAACAUCAGCGGAGAGACGACGAAUACUUAUGAUGGCGGCAACGUACCGUUCAGCGCGUCCACUCUCGACACGGUUGCGGACUCGGUCGUCUCGGCGUUGAGUCAUUGGGACGAAACAAAGAACCGCUCCCUCUUUGUCCACAGCCUAGUGACUACCCAGAACCAUCUACUCUCGCUAGCGAAGGAAGUGAUGCCGGGAAAGCCGUGGGCUACCCGGGACUUCAAGCUCGACGAGCUGAUUGCAAGGUCGGACGAACGAUUGGCUCAGGGCCUAUUAGACUUUGAGACGUUCAGUCCUUAUAUCUUCCGUGCCGUAUUUGAUCCGGCAUUUGGGGGUCGAUAUGAUCAAACAGACAACCAGUUAUUGGGGAUUAAAGAGGCUUCGGAGGCGGAUAUCAGGGAGAUCCUGAAGAAGCUGUUACAGGCUUGA